AUGAGCACUCUUUUGGCUUGCGCCUUGUGCCCGCCAAUUGCUGCAGUCUUUGUGGCUCUGCGACUUUACACGGCACGGACGAUCUUGAGAACGUUUCACCUCGAUGACUUCAUCCCUUAUGGUCUGGGGCAUCACAUGGCAUAUCUUGACGCACACAGCUGGCGUGACAUAAGCUGGUUUUCGCUAAUUGCCCUCUUCCCCGUCCUCAUCACAUCCAACCUCGCGGCGCUCUUCUCCCGAAUCUCGAUCCUCCGCUUCUAUCUACGUUUCGCCACCUGUUGGUAUUUCACCUACAGCAUUCACGCCCUUACCUUCAUCGUUGUUGCGGCCUACAUGCUCGGCGUCUUCUCGUUCCUGAUUAUUUGCCAGCGUACCAGCGACCAGUUGAGGUACUUCAAUUUAUCAGAUCAUGGGGCGUGUCUCAACGCGGAUGCGUGGUAUGGAUGGAUGGUUGCCUUCUCGUGCUUGACGGAUGUGGUGUUACUGGUGUUGCCGUAUUGGAUUAUUCGCCCACUGCGGGUGAGCUGUGCGCAGAGGGCCGCCCUGGCUGCAGUAUUGGGGACCGGGGGAUUCGUGGUGGCCGUGAGCAUUGUCCGGUUUGUGGUUGUUGCGCAGGGAUGGGGUAGUUCCGACUUUACCUUUAGGUUUUCAGCCAACUACAUGUGGAGUGUUGUUGAGCUCAACGUUGGCAUCUUCUGCGCCUGCGCUCCAUGCCUGCGUCCCUUAAUCAGCCGAUACGUUCCGGGGUUUCAAAAUUUCGGCCAGCGGAGCGAUAGUUUGGAUCUCUACACAAUUCCUGUUUCUCAAGUCCACACGCGGCUACCUGCUACACCGGCUAGCGGGCAAGAAGUAGAAGCCACCAGGAUGACAGGCACAACGGCAUCAACAUGGGAGGAACGAAGAACUGGGAGAUCGGGUUGGCGGGCCAAGUUGUUUCAAACGAUAUCGAGGGAGGACAAAGUGUAA